AUGACAGAAGAUAAGAUCACCGGGACCUUGGUUUUCACUGUCUUCACUGCUGCACUGGGUUCCUUCCAGUUUGGAUAUGACAUUGGUGUGAUCAAUGCACCUCAAGAGGUAAUAAUAUCCCAUUAUGAAUACAUUUUGGGUAUUCCACUGAAUGACCGAAAAGCUAUCAACAACUAUACUAUCAACAGUACAAAGGAACUGCCCACAGUCCCAUACCUAGGGGAUUCAAUACCAACACCUUUGGUGGAGGAAGAAACUACAGCAUCUACUAGCCUCGUCACCAUGCUCUGGUCCUUGUCUGUGUCUAGCUUUGCAGUUGGUGGAAUGAUUGCAUCAUUCUUUGGCGGGUGGCUAGGGGAUCGGCUUGGAAGAAUCAAAGCCAUGUUGGUAGCAAACAUUCUCUCAUUAGUUGGAGCUCUCUUGAUGGGGUUUUCAAAACUGGGACCAUCUCACAUUCUUAUAAUUUCAGGAAGAAGCAUAUCAGGACUCUACUGUGGACUAAUUUCAGGCUUGGUUCCAAUGUACCUUGGUGAAAUUGCUCCAACCACACUCAGGGGUGCUCUUGGCACACUUCACCAGCUGGCCAUUGUCACGGGCAUUCUUAUUAGUCAGAUUGUUGGCCUCAACUUUAUCCUGGGCAAUCAUGAGCAGUGGCAUAUCCUGCUUGGUUUGUCUGCUGUGCGAGCCAUCAUCCAGUCUCUGCUGCUCUUCUUCUGUCCAGAAAGCCCCAGGUACCUUUACAUCAAGUUGGAUGAAGAAGUCAAAGCAAAGAAAAGCCUGAAAAGACUCAGAGGAGGUAUUGAUGUCACCAAAGACAUCAAUGAGAUGAGAAAGGAAAAAGAAGAAGCAUCCAGUGAACAGAAAGUCUCCAUAAUUCAGCUCUUCACCAACUCCAGCUACCGACAGCCUAUUCUAGUCGCACUGAUGCUGCAUGUGGCUCAGCAAUUUUCUGGAAUCAAUGGGAUCUUUUACUACUCAACUAGCAUUUUUCAGACAGCUGGAAUCAGCCAACCUGUUUAUGCAACCAUUGGAGUUGGUGCCAUCAACAUGGUUUUCACUGCUCUCUCUGUAUUCCUUGUGGAAAAGGCAGGGCGACGCUCUCUGUUUCUAAUAGGAAUGAGUGGGAUGUUUGUCUGUGCCAUCUUCAUGUCUGUGGGACUUAUAUUACUGGAUAAACUGGCGUGGAUGAGUUAUGUAAGCAUGGUAGCCAUCUUCCUCUUUGUCAGUUUCUUCGAGAUUGGGCCUGGCCCUAUCCCCUGGUUCAUGGUGGCAGAGUUCUUCAGUCAAGGACCCCGGCCUGCUGCUUUAGCAAUAGCUGCAUUUAGCAACUGGACCUGCAAUUUCAUUGUAGCUCUGUGUUUCCAGUACAUUGCGAAGUUCUGUGGACCUUAUGUGUUUUUCCUCUUUGCUGGAGUGGUCCUGGCCUUUACUCUGUUUACAUUUUUCAAAGUCCCAGAAACCAAAGGAAAGUCCUUUGAGGAAAUCGCAGCAGAAUUCCGAAAGAAGAGUAGCUCGGCCCAAGCGCCAAAAGCUGCUGUGGAAAUGGAAUUCCUUGGAGCUACAGAGACUGUGUAAAGAUAACCUGCUUUUUUGACAAAAACAGAAACAGGAAGGAAGUUGUGUGUUUUUAAUUGACGAUUCUUUGAGAAUUUUAUAUCUACGUCUUGAAGUAUUAUUUUAUUUUUUAGGGAGCUUUUAUGGGCUUUUCUCAGAAAUGUCAUCCAAAAUUACCAAAGAAAGUAUUUUUUUUAAGUUAGAGCAUCUAUUUUUGAUAGUAAGACUCUGUAAUUAAGUAAACCAAAAAGUCUAGCUCAAUUUACUACACCAAAGGGCAAGUACAUUGUAAUGUUCCUAGCUCUAUUCUUUAUAACCAGGUUCUCCUGAAAUGGAAGCAGUGUCAAUGUAUCAUGUUAUUGCUUCAGUAAGCAUGUGACUGGAAACCUGGAGCUGCAGCUCAUUUACAUAUUUGAACAUGAUUAUGUUGGCAUUUUCUUACCCACAGACCUCAUACUAAAGGAGCUUUGGCUAGUGGUAAUAAGGUCCAUGUUAAAAUUGAUAACUUUUCUAUUGCUCCCAUUCAGCUUUUUUCUUCUGUAUUAGAAUUUAUAUUUUGUUUAAAAUUUUAUUUUUUCUGUAUUUUCACGUGGAAUGGUUUAUUGAGUAUAUUAAGAUAUGUUCAUAAAAAAAAACUUUUAUUUUUGGUAGACUUACCAAAACUUUUGGUACUCAGAAAAAAAAUUAGUUCCUUUGCUUGAUAACCAAAUGAUUUUUAUAAGAUUAAACACUGAAAAGAUUUUA